UCCCACCUCCCACUCCGCCAUGGCCUCCUUCGUCUCCGCCUCCGCCGCGUCCUCCACCGCCGGAGCGCUCCUCCGCCGCGCCCCGUUCGUCCCCCGCGGCGGGCUCGUGGGCGCGUGGGCGUCCCCGGCCCGGCGCCCGCUGCGCGCGGCUGCGGCGCAGGGGUCGGCCAACUCCGCGCCGGUCAUGAUGGAGAGCAAGGUCAAGAAGAGGAACAAGAAGGGCUCCGGCGCCGGGGGACUCCCCGCCGCCAUCGACCUCGAGAUCCGGGAGGCCGAGCAGUACCUCGCCACCGACGGGCAGGAACCUACUCCAGAAGACUUUCCCUUUGAAAUGGUUGAUGAAGAGGGGAUGAGCGUGGUUAUUCUGAAAAGGGACUACAAGGAUGAGAAGAUUGAGGUCAUUGUCAGCAUGCCCAAUAUGGAAGGGGACCCUGAGUUUGAUGAAGAUGAUGAGGCUGACGGUGAGGAUGCUGCCAAGGAUGAUGACGAUGAAGAUGAGGGUGGCGAAGAUAGUAGCCUUGCUAUGAAGGUGAUAGUCUCCAAGGGAUCUGGCCCAAACCUCGAGUUCACCUGCACAGCCUUUCGUGAGGAGAUCACCAUUGACGACAUGAUGAUAGCAGAGAAAACAGAACCUGAUGCAGAGAAAUUCCCCUUUGAGGGCCCUGAAUUCACCGAGCUUCCUCCGAACGUGCAGAAGGGCCUGUUCAAGUUCCUCGAGGUACGAGGUGUGACGCUGACGACCACCAACUUCAUGCAUGAUUACAUGAUCACCAAGCAGACCAAGGAGUACGUCCGGUGGAUGACCAAGCUCAAGGGUUUGGUCCAGUAGUGAGGUUGAACAGAUGGCCCUGCCGGGUGACGCAAUUUUUGGUUAGCUUAGCCUUUUAGCACGCCCGUGAAACCAGUAGUAUGAAGUGUAUCUGUGGUCCUGUAUCAGCAGCUAGGCAGAGUGAAUUUCAUUUGUGUUCUUCUGGAGCUGGCCGGUGAAAAAAUAUCAUGUAGAAAGGUGGGUACUAGCGAUGAAACAAGACUUCCUGAGCUUAAUACGAGCUGCGUUACUUCCACUUUUA